AUGCCUUAUCCAGAGACGACUGACGCGUUUACCGUCACCGACAUCAAGAAAUGGAGCACUUUCAAGCGCCAGGAACUGCCUUUGAAGAAGUUUGAAGAGUACGAUGUCGAUCUUGCCAUUGACGCCUGUGGUGUGUGUGCAUCUGACAUCCACACAAUCACUGGCGGGUGGGGUGAAGACAUCCCUCUUCCUCUUUGCGUAGGACAUGAGGUUAUUGGCAAGGUUGUCAAGAUUGGCUCCAAGGUCACUUCAUUGAAAAUCGGCGACCGUGCUGGAAUUGGAGCCCAAGUUGGAGCCGACCUGACAUGUGGAAACUGCAAAGCCGACCAGGAGAACUACUGCCCGAACCAAAUCGAUACAUACGGUGCUGAGCACCCUGACGGCACAGUUUCUCAGGGUGGUUUCUCCAGCCAUAUUCGCGCACACGAGUAUUUCACAUUCAAGAUCCCGGAUAACCUCGACACUGCAAUUGCUGCUCCUAUGCUUUGUGCUGGUCUGACCACAUACUCUCCUCUUAAGAGACUGGGAACUGGACCUGGCAAGAAGAUUGCCGUUGUUGGACUGGGAGGUCUCGGUCACUUCGCUGUGCUCUGGGCCAAGGCUCUCGGUGCGGAGGUUUACGUCGUCUCCCACUCCCCUAGCAAGAAGGAACAGGCACUGAAGCUUGGCGCGAAGGAAUUCAUCGAGACCAAGGAGAAGGGUUGGGCCGAUCCAUACAAGUUCACCAUGGACAUUGCCAUUUGCUGCGCGGAUGCGACAGAUCAAUUCGACCUUUCUGAGUAUUUCUCAAUUCUCAAGGUCAACGGAACAUUCCACAUGGUUGGCUUGCCCGACAAGCCUCUCCCUUCGAUGGACGCAAAGGUUUUCGUGCCCAACGGUUGCUACUUGGGCGCGUCGCAUCUUGGCAACAGGCCUGAGAUGAUUGAGAUGUUCGAAUUGGCAUCGAAGCAAAACAUCAAGAGCUGGGUUGAGACGAUCAAGAUCAGCGAGGCGGGUUGCAAGGAAGCUGUUGAGCGUGUGGCGAAUAACGACAAUGUGCGCUUCAGGCUGACAUUGAUUGGAUACGAUGAGAUUUUUGGAAAGAGGGCGUGA